UCAGUGCCACAGUGAUUUGUUCGCCGCACACACAGGCAUCGAAAAACUGGUCUGCGCAGUGGAAACCCAAUAAAAGCAAAACAGGAAGGAAAAUACAAGAGCAGCUUGUCUGUGGUAGUUGUUUCGGCGCAGAGGUCUGAAGGGCUUCCUGGUCGCUGCAGUGUCUGUAAAGCGCUUGUUUAACCGGGCUCUGAAGGAAGCAGGCAGCCUGACCCAGAUUCACGCGGGCCGAGAGACUUCACUCGUCGGACGAAUCGGACUUACAUUACCGAUGACAGACUUACACUUGACGCUCAGAUACGGAGAAACCGAGAGAAAGAGAGAGAGUCAAGAGAGUCAAGCAAAAGAGGGAGGGAGCUGCCUCACUUUGUCGUCCUCCUCGCCCUGUUUCUUUAAGCUCUGCGGCAGUGGAAGCCUUCUCUCGCUCUCUUCCUGUCAGCCACUUAAACUGUCUGACAUGUGGCCAGCGCCUGAACGAAGAAGGUCUCUUUUUUAAAGUGCGCCUCCUCUUUUAAAAGACUAGAAGAUCUUUUUGAGGAAAAACUCGUGCUUGUUUGUUUUGAUUUCUUAUUUGCGUACUCCAGUUUUUUUGACUUGAGUGGUGUGUGCAUCGGGUGUGCAUCGGUUGGUUUGGCUUCUUCUCAAGGCCACCAAAAAGACGUUCAGACCUCUGGUGGGAAAGACUGUGCUCGACUCCAUCACAGCCGUCGAGUUCUUCUCAGACAGACGCCUUGACUUCCUGACGGAUGAAGGAGCCUAUCAGCCCUAUCAGGAUGAGGUGGACAGUUUGAGUCCUGUUCUCAGGGACUGCCCACAGCUUCACGAAGAAGUCAAAGCCUGGGUCAAAGACCAGAAGGUUCAGGAAAUUUUUAUGCAAGGUCCGUAUUCAUUGAAUGGCUACCGUGUACGAGUUUACAGGCAGGAUUCAGCCACCCAGUGGUUUACGGGCAUCAUCACCCACCACGAUCUUUUCAGUCGCACUAUGGUUGUCAUGAAUGACCAGGUACUAGAGCCUCAGAACGUUGACCCAUCCAUGGUACAGAUGACCUUUCUAGACGAUGUGGUGCAUUCUUUACUGAAAGGAGAGAACAUCGGUAUCACAUCACGACGCAGGUCGCGCUCCAGCCAGAACAGCAACACUGCCCAUCAGACCACAGGAGGGAGACCAAGCGGCUCUACAGGAAACACUCAGGGUCAUUACACACGCGCCCAGGCUAACAGCCCCAGACCCGUCAUGAAUUCAUCCGGCUCCACCCCGAAACAGGCCUCUCAGCAGCAGCAGCAGCAAUCCCAGCAUGCUCAGCCGCUGGUAUCCCAGCAACAUCAGUCGCCGCUGCAGCAGUCCUCACCAGGUCAACAGCGAGGCUCACGAUCUUCGCGAAGAAAAGGCUCCGACAGCAGUAUUCCAGAUGAUGAGAGGAUCAAAGAUGAAAAAACUGACAGUGGAGGUAAAGAUUCUUUGAAAAACAAAAGCAAGCAUAUAAACAAGCGGAGGAAAGCAGAUGAAGAGGACAAGAAGGGUGGUCUUAAGCGGCUCAAAACAGAGGCGUCCGAUCUGUCUGAGAGCAGCGACUCGGACUCCAACAAGCGCAGCGUGGACUCCUCCUCUGAGCACAGUUCCGAAAUUGAGCUUAAAUGCAAGAGCACUUUGAAAGCUCCAGACGAUGAGGAGAAAUCCCUGGGAUCCAAGUCAGCGGAUGAGUUGAGUGUUAUCAACAGGCUAUCUCCGUGGGACGAGAUGCAGGUGACGGACAAAAGCGGAAAGCCUGUGGACGUGGCUCAACUGGCGGACGGUGAGCGGACUGGGGAAAGGCGAUCUCCGCUCCCUGCUCCGGCCUCUUCCUGCACACAGAACCAGGGGUCAGGGCUGGCAGAGGUCCAAAGCUGCAUUGUUGAAAUGAGGAGCACUGUGAAAACUGUCCCAAAGGACCAUUACGGUCCAGGGACGCCACGGACACACACGCCCAAAUGUGUGAUUGAUAUCACAGAGGAUGGCAACACGCAACCCAGUUCAAGGGAGAGCUUAGAUGCUGUAUCGGCACUACUGGUGUCUCAGAAAAGUGAUGUAUACGUCCCUGAGUCUAGACAUUUGGUGCUAAACGUCUCUGAGUGCAGGAGGCCGGAAGGUGUGCAGCAGCAAAACGCCCGCAGCAUAGGCAGCAAAAUUGAAUUCGCCCACUCAGAGGUCAUAAGACCAGUGACACCAGUGAGUGAGUCAGCGGCUCUAGGCGAGAGAGGGAAGCUCCAGCAGCCGUACACAUCUAUGGUUAUUAAAAAUGCCUUGUUAACAGAAGACAUCAGAAAACCUCAGAAACUUAGUCCCUCCCCUGACUUACCCAAACCCAAGUCUAACUCGUCCCCAGACAUCCCCAAGCCCAAGUGCAAUCCUUCACCUGACAUCACACGGUCAAAAUCUCACAGCAUUCUUGAGUCCUCCAAACCCAAACCAAAUAUAUCCCCUGAGGUUUCCAAACAUAAACCGCGUCACCCUGAACACCUUCUUGCAACAGGCCGCUCUGCACUCAAACCCGAACAGGACAUACCUCGCUCUUGUUUUAAGCCUGUGCCGGCCCGUGGGAUGCUGUCCGAAUCCACUAAAAGCCCACUUGUCGUAGACAAAAACGAGCAUUUUACGGUUUACAGAGACCCUGCCUUGGUUCGUCCAGAAUCUGAGAACAACCACAUGGCCUACCUUCACCCACACCUACAUUCCCUUCACAGUUCCUCUCACUCCACAUGUCUCACGCCCAGCUCACACCACCUCCUCCCCUCUUCUUCCAUUAGUCAUUCAGUACACCACCCACACCUGCUACCCUCUGUGCUGCCCAGUAUUCCUCCAUCCUCCCUCCUGAGCAGUCAUCCCAGGCUGGACUCUGCCGGCCUUGGACACCUGACCCUGGCCCACCACCAUCCCCACCACCAGCAGCAGCAGUACCUCCAACAGCAGCUGGCCCAGACGCAUGGAGGAGCCUCUUACAACCAGCUCGGAAUCUACCCCAUCAUCUGGCAAUAUCCCAACGGUACCCACUCCUACCCACCUGGAAUCAAGUGGGUUCAUCCGGAAAAUGCUGUUAAUUCAGACUCCAGCCUUCGGAGGAACACCCCCAGCCCAUGGUUGCACCCGCCCACCCCUGUAACAUCAGCAGACAGCAUGGGGAUUUUGAGCCAUGGCCCUGGUAGACCAGGCAGUGCCGAUCCACAUCGACCCAUCAAGAUCAGCUCACACUCCAGCCCACCUCUCUCCAAAACCCCAGGAGAACUUCACAAAGAAGAGCGAGAGAAGAAUGUGUUUGUGGAUCCUAUGCGUAGUCUGGCCAGCAGCCAUCUAAAGCAAGAGCCGGAUCGCAGCCGAACGCCCACCAGCAAAGAGCUGCACCGUCUCUACAUGGAGUCCCCCCACAGCAAACAACAACCCACACGCAUGCCUCAAGAGGGACCUGACCGCACCAGCAAAUACAAGGAAGAGAACCGUCUCAUCCUUAAGGAGAGCAUAGAGGUUGCUCCCUACACCGCCAAAAUCCGCUCUGGGGAGACCGAGCGUGAGCACUACUCUCGCAUGUCCUCGCAGCCCAGAAGUCACGAAAAAGAGGUGGAGCACUCCGAUCUGUACAAAUACAAACACGCAGUGUCUCAGUCCCUUCCUCAAACCAACUACUUCACUACACUUUCUAAUAGUGUUGUCAACGAGCCGCCACGACUUUACUCAUCCAAAGAUUCAUAUUUUGACAGAGUGCCCCCAGCCUCCAGCCCCAUGUCAUUGAGCACAUACAGUUCUGGUCAUACAAAGUCCUUGUCCAAACCUCCCCCUCUCAUUAAGCACCAGCCGGAGGGAGAGGGGCUGGUGGGCAAGAUCACCGAGCAGCUCAGUCAACAACUGCCAAUGCACUCACUCAGUACCUCAGUGGUGACGGUCACCGAGCGCUGCAGCCCAGCAAUUUCUCCUUCUGCUCAGCCCAAGGGCAUGCCAGCCCUGCGCAGAGCGCCAGUAUUUCACCCUCCCACUCAGCACGCGCUUGACCGAAAAGAAGGGUCCUACGGCCGCCUUUCCCCACCUACACUAACCCCCAUCCAACCUGUCAGCUCGGCGGGGAAGGUGUCAGAACAGCAGAAACCGCCCACCCUGCUCCCAGAGCUCAGGGACGAUAAGAGCGGAGCCGAGCUGGGCUCGGCCGAGCCCUGGCCACCCGGAGGAGAGGCAAAGAGCCAUGAAAAAAUGGCAUGGCAAUCUGAGAAUAGCCAAAUCAAGCCACAGGUAGCCACGGCAUCUGUUAUUGUCCGCCCUUCUACUUGCAUAAAGUACGACGGCUUGGCAGUACCCAAGAUGGCCUCCAAAGAGCUGCCCGGUGGUCGAUUGGUUGCCGGACAGAACAGGGGAUUGAUGGCUGAAAACAGAGUAAUUUUACCGAACACAAAUGUGAAAGAUGCCAGUGAUCAGUAUAGGAAAAACUUGAUUAGAGUAACACAAAGUAGCAUUUCUAGCUCAGUGGUGGCUGUGACCAAUUCUGUGUGCGGCCCUAGUGGUGAUGAAACCACUGCAGCUGCCACCGGCAUGUUUAGCGCAGAGAACCACAGUGGAACAGAGAUGCCCUUCUCUAUCUCUGGCACCAGCAGCAGUAGCAAACCGGACAGCUCUGUCUCCAAAAAUCAGACUCCCACCAUCGUUGACUCACAGGAGGGUGGAUCAAGAACCACUUCGCCUAGUUCGCUUUCUCAAGCCAGCCCUGUUGGAUCUACACAGGCCUACUCAAGGAACUUCGUCCACCUGAAGAAGGCCAAAGCAGCUCUGGCAGCGGCGCAGUCCCGUGGCUCCAGUAGCGCCUCUGAGAGCGAGAGCGGUAGUGUCCGAUCCUCUCAGGAAUCGCCCACCAUCAUCCAAGACAAUGCUGCGCAUGGCAGCCCUGCCAGCAAAGCCAGCCCCUUGCCCAACGGACAGCCAGCGCAGGUGUGCCAGCAAAACUACCACAAGCUCAAGAAAGCCUGGCUCACACGGCACUCUGAAGAGGACAAAAACACAAACAAACCUGAAAAAGGCAUAAAUGCCAUUUCAGAGCUGAUUAAGCCAUGCACUGUUAGCCUGAUCGCCUCUGCAUCCAGUGAUGUGGACUUGGGCAAGGACAGCAAAGUACAAGAGGACAAGUUGUCUCAGGAGGACAGAAAGACGCGCCGUGGCCCCAAACGCCCAUAUGAAUCGGGCUCGGAAAGCGGCGAUGAUACAGACUCUAGUGAAAGCAAGCUGGAACAAAGGACUAAGCGACAACCCAAGCCAACUUACAAAAAGAAGCAGAACGACAUGCAGAAAAGAAAAGGAGAUGGUGAGAAGGACGAAGACGAGGUGAAAACGAACUGUAUUUUCCGAAGUGCCAAGGAGAAAACAAAACUCAAGCUGGCCAGUACCAAUGGCAUUCCACGGUCAGUGCUGAAGGACUGGAGGAAGGUGAAGAAGUUAAAGCAGACGGGCGAGUCCUUUCUGCAGGACGACUCGUGUUCAGAGAUCGGCCCAAACUUACAGAAGUGCAGGGAGUGUCGCUCUAUCCGCACCAAGAAAGGAGAGGAACCCGCGCACUCGCCCGUCUUCUGUCGCUUCUACCACUUCCGUCGGCUCUCAUACAGUAAGAACGGAGUGAUCCGGAUCGAUGGCUUUUCCUCUCCUGAUCAAUAUGACGAAGAAGCUCUCAGUCUCUGGGCUCAGGACGCUUAUGAAGAAAACAACCUGGACCUGGAGACCUCCAAGUAUAUCCUCAGCUACAUCGGUGACAAAUUCUGUCAGCUGGUCAUGACUGAGAGCACAGCAGCUACGUGGAUAAAGAAGGAUGCCAAGAUCGCCUGGAAGAGAGCGGUGCGUGGGGUGAGGGAGAGCUGCGACGCAUGUGAAGCCACAUUGUUUAACAUGCACUGGGUCUGCCAAAAAUGUGGAUUUGUGGUGUGUUUGGACUGUUACAAGGCCAAAGAGAGGAAGAGCUCCAAAGACAAAGAGCUGUACGUCUGGCUGAAGUGCGUCAAGGGACAACCUCAUGAUCACAAGCACCUGAUGCCAACACAGAUCAUUCCAGGAACGGUUUUGACGGACCUGGUGAACGCUAUGCACAUGCUCAGGGAGAAGUACAACAUUAAAUCACACUGCUCGUGUACUGUGAAGCAAAACGCCCUUCUCAGCAAGCUGCCGUCCACCAAUGGCGUCUCCCAGGUAUUACAGAACGUGCUCAAUCACAGCAACAAGAUUUCUGUAUGCAAGCCCGAGGCCGGCCAGCAGAACUCUCCUCUGAAAGUGGAGGCCAACGGAGGGAGCAGUCCGGCCAGCGACACCAGCGCCGACAGCAAGUUCACUCCGCCCGAGUCGCAGUCCCCGUUGCACUUUUUGGCCGACCUGGCCGAACAGAAGUCCCGCGAGGAAAAGAAGGAAAAUAAGGAGACGGUUGUAGGAAAGAUAAAGGAGGAGAAGGAGCAGUCGGACACGUUAGAAGCUCUGCACAGUAAAUCUUCAACUCUGGAGCAGGGCUCUACCCUUCGAGACCUCCUCACCACAACCGCUGGCAAGCUACGUCUGGGCUCCACGGAUGCAGGAAUCGCUUUCGCACCCGUCUACUCCACUGCCUCUCAGAUUGUUAAGAGUGGCCGCAGCGUGCCAAACAUUUUGGAUGACAUCAUCGCCUCUGUGGUGGAAAACAAGAUCCCGGCGGGCCGUGGUACCAAGCUAAACCUGAAGCACGAUCCCAUCGAGGAGCCCAAAGCUGAGAAAAAGAAACCAGCGGACGAGUCGACCAGAUUGUAUGUGGACAUCCCUUACUGCUGGCUACAUGAACGCAGGCUGCUCUGGCUCAAAGACCAUCGCAACAGUAACAACUGGAAACUCUUCAGAGAGUGCUGGAGACAGGGGCAGCCCGUGUUGGUCUCUGGAGUGCACAAGAAGCUCAACAGCAGCCUGUGGAAAGCCGAAUCUUUCAACCAGGAGUUUGCUGACCACCAGGGGGACCUCUUGAACUGUAAGGAUGGAGUAAUGUCCAACUCGGGCAUCAAAGAGUUCUGGGACGGCUUUGAGGACCUCACAAAACGCCCUAAAGCUAAAGACGGGGAAUCUGUGGUGUAUCGGCUGAAGGACUGGCCUUCAGGGGAGGAGUUUAUGGCUUUGAUGCCUUCCAGGUAUGAUGAUCUCAUGAAGAAUCUCCCGAUGCCAGAGUAUUCAGACCCUGAAGGAAACCUCAACCUGGCCUCCCAUCUGCCAUCCUUCUUUGUGCGACCGGACUUGGGCCCUCGCCUCUGCUGUGCUUAUGGUGUUGCAGCCUCUCAAGAGCAAGACUUCGGUACCGCUAACCUGCACAUGGAGGUGUCAGACAUCGUCAGCGUGCUGGUUUAUGUGGGUGUGGCCAAAGGCAAUGGAGUUCUCUCUAAGACAGGAGUGCUGAAGAGGUUGGAGGAGGAAGAUUUGGAUGACAACGUAAAGAAAAGAUUAAAGGACUCGAGUGAGACUCCCGGAGCCUUGUGGCACAUCUACACCAGCAGAGACGGCGAGAAGAUUAAAGAGUUUCUGCACAAGGUGGCAAAAGAGCAAGGUGUGGAGAUACCAGUGGAUCACGACCCGAUCCGUGAACAGAGCUGCUACUUGAACCGUAAGCUGCGUCAGCGGCUGUUGGAUGAACAAGGCGUUCAUGGCUGGACCGUGGUGCAGUUUCUAGGAGAUUCGGUUCUGAUUCCUGCUGGAGCUUUGCACCAGGUGCAGAACCUUCACAGCUGUGUCCAGGUGAUCAAUGACUUUGUCUCUCCGGAGCAUGUGGUGCACUCAUUCCACUUAACCCAGGAACUGAGGUCUUCUAAAGAGGAGAUCAACUAUGAAGAUAAGCUACAGGUCAAGAACAUCUUUUACCACUGUGUGAAGAAUUCAGUGGGAGUAUUAAAGAGGUGCUGUGCAGAGGAGGAGGAAGAGGAGGAGGAGGAGGAGGAGGAAGAGGAGGCAAACUCAUGACACUCUGCCACCGUUUGCACUUGUCCCAAAAAUAUGCACACUAACGCUCACCCGACAAACCUCCAGUGCCAAGCAGAGAUGACAGCAGGAAAACCGUAUUUAUUUGUUACUGACACACACACCAUAGCAGUAUAGGCCAUCGGGAUGACUGAUCGACACGCACCCCACGUCUGAAGAUAAUCCGACAGCAUCGCUGUCCCGACUCAAGUAUUCGUUUGACUGUUUGAUUCUUUUGUUCCCCUGUUGUUCUUUCAUAUACUGUACAGUUUCAGUGGAGAAUCGUAUUUAUUUUUUGGAGCUCUGCGCUCCGAACCCGAUCAAAUGUAAAUGUGACUUGUACAGUUUGCUAAUGGAUUUGUGAAGCCGCUCACUACUUUGGAGUUACUGUGAGAGAGAUCAGCUGUCUCAUGUGCUCAUGCCAUAUAUCUUUUAAGAAAACGAACUGCCAAACAAUUGUAAACAUGUGUACAGUUCUAUAAUGUAAAGAAAGAUUAACACACGUCAGCAUUUUAUUAAGAAGUGUUCGCUGUAAAAUUGAGACAUUUACAAAAAAGUUGUAAUUUAUUUAAGAAAACUGUCAUUUCUCCUUUUUAUGUUCAAAUUUACUAUGGUGAACUUUUGAAGUUCUGUGAAAAUAAAAGGAUAUCUUACUAUGCUGUGUAAAUAUAUACAUAUAUACAUUCACUGAUGUAUUUUUUUAAAACAUGGCUUGCUUCAAAUUGCAAAUUUUAAAGUGCAAGUGUUACAUGCUUUGUACAUUGAAGUUCAAAGGGGUUUUACAUUUUCCAUUAAAAUGGAUUUAUCAAA